UAUAAGAGGACAUACUGUAUUGCAAAAUCUUUUAAAAUGGGUACAGUGUGUCUAUGGUUAUUUAUCUGUUUAUCCGUCUUCAUAACUAAAUUAGAAAUAGUUUAUAUUACAGUGAAUUCAUUUUUAUGACAGCCAUCUUUGUGUGUCCUAGGAUGUUGCUGAGCCUUCUUUCUGGUUUGAUCAUGGGAGCGGCUGUCCUCUUUGUUCUUUACCGCUGGGUGAUCCCCAUGGCUGUGCAGUAUCAUGGAGGACUGGCACUACUGUGGCAUGAUGUCAUCGUGGAGCGUGCACUGGACACCUUGACCCGGACUUCACGUCCUCAACGUAUUCUGAAGGCAGUGCAGACGAAAGCCACUGUAGGAGACCCCCAGAGUGUGAUCACAGCCAUCGACCACUUCUGCAGACAUAGAGAAUGGGCCAUGAAUGUGGGGGAUGAGAAAGGCUCCAUUCUGGACUCGGUGGUCAAUGAAGUGAGUCCAGUCACUGUCUUGGAGUUAGGCACCUACUGUGGCUACUCAACAGUACGCAUAGCCCGCCUAUUACCCCCUGGAGCCUGUGUCAUUACCUUGGAGUUCAACCCAGAUUAUGCUGCCAUUGCUCGUCAAGUCAUCAAAUGGUCAGGACUGGAAGAUAAGGUGCAGCUAGUGGAGGGAGCCUCAGGAGACUGGAUCCCUUGGAUGAAGGAGCAUUUCGGGGUCCAGGCGUUUGACUUAGUUUUCCUGGACCACUGGAAAGAGCGCUACCUUCCUGACACAAAACUGCUGGAGGAGUGUGGUCUCAUACAGAAAGGCACAGUGCUGCUGGCAGACAAUGUAAUCUGUCCAGGAACCCCUGACUAUCUGGAGUACGUCCGCAACAGCCCUCACUACAACAGCCAGUACUACAGAUCCCACCUGGAGUACACCAAAGCAGAGGACGGCUUGGAGAAGUCUGUGUUCUUAGGGUACUAGCCAAACAUUGAACCUCUUGUUUUAAAACACUGUAACUCUCUUUGUAAUGUAUUCUUUUGGUUGUUUCAAUUUUAAGCACUGAGCACAUCUGAGUUAUGACAUACUGUAACUUACUGUGCUAAGCAUUUCUUUCCCUGUAUAAUUUAUCUAGAGUAAACCAAUAUGUCUUUGAAAAGUAUUUCUGUGUGUUUUGACUUUGUCACAAUGCUAUCUAGCUAUGCAAAUUGUUAAAAUGUCAGGUCUUGACAGUUACAUUUAGUGCUGUCAGUUUUACCGCUGCAUGAUUACGGUAGUGUGAUGUCAAACAUGGAUCUAAUACACUAGGUGGCAGUAGUGUGCCUUUUUAGAGAUUCCAAUCAAACAACUGAAAAGCAGCCCUAUCAUAUCUUCAUAGCAUGUAUAGUCUUCUUUCCGCUACAGGCAGACAGAAAACGGACUAAAAUCAAAUCUCACACCGUAUCUAGCAACUGUAAAUAAUUAUUUAUGUUUUGUUAUGAAUCUGUAUCAGGUCUCCAUUUAGUUAUUAAAGAUUCUGUGAGAAAGG